UAGCAUCAGAAAGUGGUACAACUGUGGAUUAUUUGCGCGGUAGUUGUACGGUGGUAGCCCGCAGAACCCAAACGCUCGUGGAGUAAGCAGUGUCGUUCCGUCUCAUUCUUUGAAAAUUGUGUGAUUCUAUUUCCAGAUUGACAACAUGAAGCUAUAUAUUGUGGCUUGUCUAUUCCUAGUCUGUGCACUACAGUUCGUAGCAAGUUACCCAUAUGGAGACGAGAGCAAAGCAAAGAGUAAAAAGAGUGGGGAUAACCAAGAAAAUGAAUAUGGUGAUGAUCAGCUAGAGGUGUUUAGGGACGCAGCCAAUCAACUCCAGACUCCCCCAGAAAGGAGAGCCUUUUACAAUUUUAAAUGCGCCACAUCGUCCUGCCGGCCCCGAGCAAUGGAACCAACCCUCCGGUGCUGCCCAGGUAUGCGAUGCAAGUGCGGAAUCCUGUGGAACGCCGGCCAGUGCAAGUGCACCAACUACGGCUAUGGACGAUGAAAGGCUUCUCAAAGAUGUCCCAAUAAUCGGACUGGACACUGCACAAGUAGUGUCCUUGUAGAUAUCCCUUACAGGGCAAUAGUUAAGACUGAGUUAAUUAAAAGUAUGUGAUUGUCAAAUUGUUUUGCAACCGACGGAAGAGUGCCAUAAAAUUGACCGAAACGAUCAAGGUCAUAGCACCUUUAGAAUCAGAUUAGCGCAUGCGCAAGCAUUAGUACAGUUUCCCGUCGGCUAUUUCGGUUCGUUCGUUACCUCGUUACGACGCAUGCGCACUUUGAAUUUGAGGAAAAAGAAAUUAUGAAUAUACCAUAAACAUUCUCUCUUAUAGCUCAAUGACCAGACCAAUGACUUGCAUGCUUAUCAUUGGCCCCAUCACUGACCUCUUUGAAAGGACUUUAAAGUAUGUACAUGUAUGUUAAGAAAAAAACCUUAUGAAAUGUGUUAAGAAAGAAUAACCAGAGUGAAACAUUUUAUGGCAUAAAGCCUUAUUGUCUGUAUUAAAUUUAUUUCAUAUGGUGUUCAUUGAGCUAACGUUGUUAUAAACGUCUGAGAAGGAUCUUCCUUCUUAUUUUGGAAAGGAUCCGCAUUGGUCUACGUCAUGAAUGACAGGUUUCAUGCCGUAGGCCCCUACGGAUUUUGGCCAGAGGGUGCACAACGCAGAAGAAAUUCAAUCAUUGACUCCUUUUCACAUUUCUGUAUGUGCCAUUGAAAACUAGAAUAAUCACUUGAAACGUCCCCUUGGCUUUGAAAGAGCUUUCUGUGCAGUAGUCAUGUGCAAUGAAAAUUAAAUGUCUAUU